AGCAGCGAGACUGUCUGAUUUUCAACUUCGAGUUUCGGCAUUUUUCCCUUCCAUCGCUCCUCCUGCUCGCCAGCCGCGCCCUCACAUUCUCUCUCUCUCUCUUCCUUUAGCUUCGAUUUUCCGAGCGAUUCCGUCGGAUUUUCCCGAGAAAAUUUGUCCAAUCAGGCUGCAGGAAGAGCUCUUGCCUCGGGCCCCGUUCGAUUCGUCUCCGGCUCGUUCUCGACGGAGUCCGUGGAGGGCUGAGUGAAAGCGCGCUCCUUCCCGCGGUACAUUGGAUCUCGAGGUGGUGGUAGUCCGAAUCUCGGAUUCUGCAGCGCGCCGCGUCGGCUUCGAUAGGACCUUGGAGCUUGCCCUUGUUCCGCGGCGAGCGAAGGGUGAAAUCUAGAGUGCUUUUAAGGGCUUCAUCCAUCCUCUCCUCAGCGAGUGCGGUACUCUCACUUGAGAUAGUUGCAGAUGUUUGAUAAAAGGAAUGAAGACUUCUACAUGAACUUCUCUAGGAGAGAGCUUCAGACUUUGUGCAAAAAAUAUGGUUUGCCUGCCAACCGGUCAAAAUCUGAUUUGGCAAAUUUACUAGCUUCUCGCUCGCAGGAAUGCAAUUUAAGGCCAUUAUCUCAGGUGCAUCGUGACUUACAAUUAAGAUUUGCAGAAAAGGAAGGUCCAGGGGUUUCUGUCGCCGGUGACUGUGGAUUAAUUUCUUUUCCUCAAGAUAAAGAUGUCAGGCAGUGGUUUCUUCAUACUGUGAAAGCCAAUCAGUUAGAAGGAUCUGUAGAGGCUCAUCAAAGGUUUGAUGAGGACAUAUCUCGAGACCCAAUUCCUCAACAUGCAGAGACAUCCUAUUCUCAGUUUUCUUUACAAAAUGAUAAGACUGGUUUUCAUUGUGGUGCAUUCCCGAGAAUGAUACCUUGUGAGAAAAAAGUGGGGUUGCAUGGAUCUGGCGCGGCACAGUGCGUGUCCCAAAUCCAGUUUAAAGAGGCUGGUGUGUUUUGUGCAGCAGAUGUUAUUUCUGCAUCUGUAUAUUCUACCAUAGCUCCUUCCUCUACCUUUGAAUUUCAUGUCAGGUCAGAAGAGGGAAUUAAUCUUCAUGUGGACUUCAACUCAAGCCCAUCUGACUGGGCUGAGAAACUUAAAAACGAUGUUUGUAUAUUUGAGAGUGUCAAUCAUAUGAAUAAUCAAAAUUCUCAUGAGAAGCUUGGACAUCCUGGGGAGAAUACUGUGAUGAAAAGUUCCCUUUCUCAGACUGCAGAUAACAGCCAAAUGGUUUCUGCUCCUUCGGAUGAAGAUAAAGGAAAUAGUUUGGGGGAUUGUCUUCACCCUGAUAGAGUUGACAGUUUGUUGAUUUCCGCUGCUGAGGUGCCACGUGUCGUGGAUGCAGAAGUUUCGAAGGGUUUAGAAGAAGUUCAGAUGCCCAUCUCAUCCAAAUCUGAAUCAAUUGCACAGAGCCAGAUAAUUUCUCUGGCAGCACCCUGUGGCAUGGACGGUUGUAAUGCCAGCUUUGAUCCAAAUAUCUCCGAUAACCCCGACAUGAAGUCUGGCAAUGAUUCAUUUUCGCAUACAAUAUCAGAUACCACAGUUAGUUUUAUCACAUCAGAUCACGUUGCCAAGCAUGGUGGCGAGACUUGUAUAAAUUCAGAAUUCCAAAACAACUGCAAACCCACUAAUUUUGGUGCGAAGGUUCCUGAAGGGUACAGAGUUGGUUCCAAAGAGUUGCACUUGUCGAAAGUUGCAAGUGUUCUGGGGCAUUCACUUUCACCUUUCAAGACUAAUACAAUCGACAUUCUGGUUGAUUGGAAGAACAAAAGUGAAUCAGAGGCUGAAUCAGCCAACACCUUUGAGCUUAAGCAAGACCAUGAUGGAAAUGUUCCAACUUGUUCUGACAUAGAGGAGAGGAGCAGCACUGCUAGUGGGGUGGAGAGUAUUGUAUGCUUGCAAUUUGAAAAAUCAGCUGCUGGAAGUUCUUCAAGAUUUGAUGAUGUUGAUUCCAAUGAAAUGUUACAAAAGAGGCUACGAGUGGAUAGUGAUGACCAAAGUGGCUGUGUUGGAACAGAUGUUAGAAUUUCUAGAUGCUCCAAACAUCCUCAUAUGGAAGUCCUACCAAGAAGAUCUGUGCGGCUGGUGCCCAAGUGACUUUUUGUACUCUGCUGCGGCAACAAAAUGUGCGUUCUUCAUCGUAAGGAGGAAUACGCUUUAGAGUUUUUUCGCUUACCGGGGAAAUUCCUGUUUUUCUCCUAAUUUUGUUCGCGCACUGGAGAACUUUAGUCACUGGAAAGAACCAAGAAGAGCUAGAUUCAUGCAGUGUUGUCAUUGUGUGUAUUAAUCUAUUGAUUAUUAUUUUUCGAUAAGUAUGCAUAUAAUCUGUCAAACCUUUUGCUUAGGAUAUUUACUGUCAAUUUGUGCUUUCUUCUACACUGGAACAAAGUGUUUUAGCUGCAUACUUGGGACAACCCGUUUGAGAGGGGAUGUACUUUUUUCGGAUUUUCAACUAGGGUUUUUGCACUUUAGUUUGGAGAAUCAGCUGAGCACCUCAGUAUUAUCAGAUGGAACUUAUCACAGCUUUAAAA